UUUAUUAUUAUAAUACACUUUCCUCUUAAGUCACUGCUUUUUGAAUCGAAUGACAAUACCUCUGUUCAACCAGUCGAAACUUGAAAGCGUCCUCAAACUCCAGCUAUAGCUUGAUUUGCAGCUAUAGCAGAUAUUUGCAGAUAUAGUGUAGUGUGUUAGGUAUAACUACUUAUAACUACUUAUUUAUACAAGUGUUACUCACCUGCAGCGGACAAGGUGCGAUUUGUUAACACGAAUAUAUUAUGGGUUUUUACAUUGUAUUGUAUUUAGGUUCAUUGACAUACAUUAGUGUUUUAUACAAUCGUGAUAUAAUGGAGAGCUUUUCAGUCGAGUGCCGUUUGCUGAGUGGCCUUAUUGGGUACGAUAUUGAAAAGCUUGAUUAUAUCACUAUUGUAUACAAUACUUUUUCUACAAGUCAACAAAAGUAAUACUUUAAACUAAUAAAAUUAUAUAAGUAAACAAACCAAAAUUAUACUAUUUAAGAUACGCGAGCAGUCGCGAUACCUUCAUAUACUCGUACGCGCCCCGGCCGCCGGGACCGGGCCGGUUGAUCAAGGACACUUUCUCGUAACUCAUGAGGCCCUGUCAAAUUUAAUUUUUAGACAGUUUUUUUUCUCGAUUUUGGCCACCGUAGUUUAUGGAAACCAACAAGCAACUGUAGGCAGUUUUCGUAGUCUAUGAUUUUGCUAUAUUAAGGGGGUCACAUGUCAUGUGCGUAUAUGAAUUAUGAAGCAAUUGUUUUUACUAUACAACCUAAAAUAAAUAAUUAAUUUAUACUAUCGUUUUGUUUCGUCCUCUUGACCGCGGCGAGCUGUGAUUGGUCAAUUACAUUAUAGUUGACUAAACCGUUUCGAAAUGAAUAUUAUAGUCGAGUUGAAGUUGGUAUACGAAAUCUUAAUUCAAUCAUUACAGUCGACGAGUAGAAAGAAUAUAUUUACCAGCGAGUUAAAAAUGUUCAUACGGGUCAUCAAAGGUGGAUAUGUAAAUCUAAAAAUGUUAUAACACAAUGAAAACACUAUGUCGAUUCGUUUUCAGUGGUACCUAAAGAAUUAACAUUAUUUAUUUUAUGUUUUAUGAAUGGGACCUAUGUUAUUUUUAGAGGUUUUUGUUUAAUAGUUUGUGAGUAGAGUAGAUUAAAUACGGACGCACAUGCAGCUCUCCUACACAUAACAGCCGUAAGUGACAUUAUACCUUUCGUGUCGAAUGGUGGUGUUCAUUUUAAUAAGGACCAGGAAGCUCAACCAAAAGGGAGUCGAAGGAAAUGUCAUAAGGAGUCCAUCAAUUCCACGCGAAAGUUGGAAUAAUGGCUCCUCAAGGGACGGACUCAAAUGCUGUGUUAUUCGAGCAAGAUGCAGAGACCGAGGACCUGGCCCUGGCAAAGACGCCUGUUCAGCAAGCCGAGGACUCUGAAUGGGACUCCCGUGGCUACGUGUGGCAUAUCCUGGGCUACGGUCUGCUGCUGUUUACUGCCGGGCUCUAUGGAGGUUAUCUGUUCCUGGUGUCAGCGAAAUGGCAAACGGAUGUAUUUACCAUCAUCUUGCAUGUGAUGUCCAUUCAGGGUAUCACAGCAGGCGCCCACCGGCUCUGGAGCCACAGGGCUUACAAGGCUAAAUGGCCCCUCCAACUCAUUCUUAUGGUCUUACAAACUGGCGCUCUCCAGUACUCGGUGAUAAAUUGGGUGCGAGACCACCGCAUGCACCACAAGUACUCGGACACAGACGCCGACCCACACAAUGCCACGCGAGGCUUGUUUUUCUCCCACAUGGGAUGGUUGAUGGUGGAGAAACAUCCGGAGUUCGAGCGCAAGAGUAAGGGGAUGGACCUGAGCGACGUCGAAGCUAAUCCCAUACUGCGGUUCCAACGAAAGUAUUAUGCAAUCCUGGUCACGAUUAUUUGCGUUAUCCUCCCCACCGUUAUCCCAGUUUAUUGCUGGAACGAAACCUGGACAAACGCCAUCUUCGUGCCCGUAUUAUUCCACCAUGUCUGCGCCUACAACGCCAUUGCUUUAAUCAACUCCGCUCUCCACAAAUGGGGGUACAGGCCCUACGACAAAAACAUGCUGGCUACAGAAAUUACUCUACUCACUGUGGUCACACUUGGAGAGAACUACCAUAAUUACCAUCACGCCUUUCCUUGGGAUUAUAAGACGUCAGAACUUGGAGGAGGCACAUUUAUGUUGACUACGGCGUUCAUAAAUUUCUUUGCGAGGAUUGGCUGGGCUUAUGACUUGAAGACCAUCUCUGAUGACGUCAUUCGGAAGCGUGUUAUGCGUACUGGAGAUGGCUCGCAUCAUAUUUGGGGGUGGGGCGAUAAGAACCAGUCCAAAGAAGAGAUAACGGCAGCUGUAAGAAUAUACCCUAAAGAUGAUUAAAUAUGAAAGCCUUCUCUUCAUAUGCAAAUUACUAUAAGAAUUGCUAAAGUAUAUAUUUUUGUAGAUAUAUGUACAGAUCGUAUAACAACAUAUUAAUAAAAAUGAAUAUAUAUACAUAUUUUAUUAAUAAAAUUAUUACAUUUAUAUUAUAA